AUGAAGAAUAUUGGUGUAACAUUUAAUUUUGAUGAAUCAAUUUUAUUAGAUGAUAAAAUUCAAAUUCCAUUAAAUUUCUAUAAAACUAAUCAUAAUUUUACUAUACAAUUUAAACAACAAUUAUAUACCAAUACUGAUAAUAAGAAUAAAAAAAAUAAAGAUAUUCGGAAUUUGGAUACUAGAACUGGUUAUUUGGAUAAAUUUGUAAAUUUAGACAACAAAUUCGGAAAUCUGGACACUAAUGUUGUAAAUUUGGAUAAUUUUGGUUAUUUGGAUAUUAAAGAAUUAGAAGAAUUAAUAAAUGAUAAUUAUAUAUCUACAAAAAAUUUAUAUAAUUCUUUUAUAAACAAUACUAUUAAUGAACAUGAAAAAUUACAACAACACAUCAAAAACCAACAACUCGAACAACAACUACUGGAACAACAAAAAUUACAAAAUGAACAAUUAGAAAAACAAAAAUUACAACAACAACAACUCAAACAACAUCAACAACUACUGGAACAACAACAGGAACAACAACUAGAAAAGGAUGUAAUAGAUUUUAUACCGAAAAAUAUGACAAUAAAAAUAUUUGAUGAGAUGAAGGCGAAAUUUAAGAAAUUGGAAGAAAUUUAUAAUGAAAUCAAAUCAAAUACAGAACUAAAAUCUUUACGUAUAGAAUUAAGUAAAAAGAUAAAAAUAUGUUUAAACAGUAUAGCAAAUACACAGAAACAAGUGAAUUUGACCUUUAAUAAUUUAUCAAGAAUUUUAAAUGAAAGUUCGGAGAAUUUGAAGAUUUUCAUCUUAUUUAAAAUUGUCGAAGGUGUUUUAAAUUGUUGUGAACAAGGUCAAAUUUAUAUUAAUCCCAAAUCUGUUUGGUCUUUUUCACGUCUAUUAGCUUCUAUUGAUCAUAUCAAUACUAAUUUCAAUAUCAUCUUCAUUACAUUAUUAACUUUUAAAACUAUAUUAAUUAUACCUAAAUUUUAUUAUAUCCAAUCAAACACUGUGGAUACAGUUAAUAAGGUGGAUACAGUUAAUAAGGUGGAUCAGGUGGAUCCAGUCAACUCAGUCAAUACAGUCAAUUCAGUGGAUAAUGAGAGAUUGAAUAGAUUAUAUGAAUAUCCAGAAGAUAUAAAUGAAGAAAUAAUAUAUAAUAAAAGAUUAUCAUCAUAUAUAAGAUUAUAUUUAUCAUAUUUAUGUAUAAAAAAUGAUUUUAAUACAAUUUGGAGUUAUUAUGCAAAUGUUAUUAAUUCGAGUUGGAAUAAUAUCUUCAUACAAUUCAUACCAUGUCUACUUAUUACUAUUUUAAAUAUUACUUCAUAUUUCAUGUAUCAUAUUUAUAAAUUACAAUUCAUUAAGGUAAUCAUUACAAUUUUAAUUAUUUUCCUAUAUUUUCCUACGUAA